GGGCCAGAAUUGCAUUCUUGCUACGUGUCUACCUCGUUUUUUUCUUCUUACAGGCUUAUUCCAAGGUAGCGUGCUGCGCUGGUAGAAUUCCGUAGGAUAAUAUCUACACAGAACACCACCAAUGACAAUGUCCCCAUGUCGGAUCCCACCUGCGAUGAAAAUGAACAAUACCAAGUAGACAGAGUGGUUCCAGACAACACGCAAGACUUAGAUGAGGGAUCAAGCAAUGCAGGAUCCACAACAGAGAAAUCCACCGCUAUGUGGAAAGACAAGCAAUUCUGGACUUAACGUGGAUCAGCUACUUAAAGAAAUCCGUGAUCAUGGCAAACAGGGAACAAGUUCAACCCAAGAGUGGGAAGAUAAUGUCAAGGACUUCUUUACUGAGACCCUGCAGAUCGACAUGGCGACUUACGCUGAGCCAGGGAAAUUGGUUCCUCCAAUCGACACAGUGAGCAUGGGUUGGCAGGGAAGGAUACAGGCGCAGUUGAUCUGGUGAUUAUGUUCAUAUUUCCUCGAGUUGUGUGCAGCCUACUAGUACAGUAUUUUAAUGUCAUUCUUUCUACAUU